UAUAUUUCUCAUAUCGCAUGUUGGCAGAUGUAAUUUCUUAAAACUUACUUUGAACUUUUCUCCUUUUUCUUUUUAGUUGGCGGUUUAACAACUUGGUGUACUUUGAACUUGUGUUGCACACUAGACUAGCGCAUCAUGUGUACAUUUUUCUGAAGGGAUGUGACACUCCCUGUGUGGGUGGACCAGAGACUAACCAAUCCUAACACGAAACCUGCACAGAGUGUGCUGCUGAUUGGAUAUAUUUUCGACCAAUGCCAUUUAUGGAAAGAACCGGGGAGGCGGGAAGUAGCAAUAUCAUCAUGCCAGUACAGGCUUUCUCGUUCCCAGUCCCAGAGAUCAGGUUCUUUCAGGCUGGUCGACAUGUCUUCAAGUUCAAGAUCACUUGCGGUGGCAACUACAGUGGUGAGGACAUGAUGUAUGAUGAUUUUGUUCAUGAGGAGUUAGAGGAUGCCAUUCGCAUUGUUCUGGCUGGUUUGGAUACCCUUCAACCAUUUGCAACAAAACACUUCAACAUCUUUCCGUACAAGUGCAGAUGGGAGCGUGUGUCGAACCUGCGUUUUGAGCUGAAUGGGGUGAAGCUGUCUCCGUACCCCCACCUCAUCACGCUGUACGUGGAGCCCCGGAUCCACAGCCUGGCACACGCAGCAGGCAAGCAAGCAGAGGACUGGGAUGUCACUGAGUCCAAACAGGAUGCUUCUUCACGCCCCUCUAGCCCUGGCAGACCAAGAAAGCGCAGUAAGAAGGAACAGCCACCAGAGAGCACCCUUCGUCAACCAAUCAAGGAUGCGUACAGCCACCAAAGCAGUCAUCAGGACUCUCCAGAGCCGACUGAUGGGGCAGAAGCAAUAGAGUGUGACAGUCGGGCCAAUACUGGAUUAGAAGAGUUUCUGAACAUCACGCAAGAUGAAAACCUUGCAGAAGAGCUGUCACAUUAUUCAGAAGAGCAGACUGAGCAGACACCAGAUGAACCUGAACAGGCAUCACCAGAGGAGGAGAACCCGGGCCUGCUGACUCGGCUGGCCAGGGCAACAUUUCCCCUUUCGCUUUUCUUCAAAAGAUGAGUGGCACUGGCCCUAGGAUUAUGCUUUCACAAGUUGUUUGUGGACAUACUUUUACAUACCAGUCUGAGAUCCACGUUUUGUUCAUGUAAAAGUGUUACUUUUGAGAUGUUUAGGAUUGGUCGACAAAACAUUGUGCCUAUAGAUGAUGCAGAGUCUGGAAUUGUGCUUUCAGUGGUUACUGCUUUGUAUAUUUUUUAUGGUAAUAAACAGUUCAUAUGGGCCAAACGUCAGUAUUGUUUUACUCAACCUGGUAGUAACAGCUACAUCUUAGAUAAAGGUGUGUGUAGGGGAGAUGAUACAAGUGUGUUUAUGUAUGAAGGCAUUCAAGACACAUGGUGCCAGCUCUUAUUAUGGGUUUCUCUCAAAGUGGUUACCUUGUCACUUUAGUGUAUUCAAGCAGAGGACUUCCGCAUGCCAUCUUUACUAAUGCUUUUCAUUCUCCCACAUUCAGCCAUCGGCAGUUAACAGACUCUAAAUGUAAAUUAAUGGCUGAAGGCUCUGUGUCAUUGCAUAAUGGUUCCAGGUAGUCAUCAUAAAGAUACAAGUAAUCGCCAUUUAAAUUGUUUCCGUUUCAGAGAUGCGCCGAUCCAAUGUUUUAAGUUCCAGUGGUUACGUGUGGACUUAAGUGUAGGGUGAUGUCAAGCACCGUUGUCAAGAUCCGUUGUCAGUGUUUUAUUAGUGUUUAACACAGAGUAGCUGUAGAACUUCUUAAUGUAGCAGUCGCAAGAUAUCAAUACUCGAUCCAGCUAUUUGUGUCAGUAUCGGAUCGAUAUCUAACAUGAAUAUCGGGUCGGUGUAUACCUAGUUUCCAAACAUAUCUUAUCAUAUUUUCAGUGUCCACACACUAUCCAUAUGAAAUGGAACACGUGGUACGCACCUAUACUACCUAUACUCUUUCAGUGUUCAUUGUCGGCCCUCUCUCGAAGACCCCCUCUUUUGUGCACUUCUCUUGAGCCCGUUAGAAACAGAUCGACUCCUCUUAAACAUAGAGCUCAUAAUGACAUUUUAAAUGGUUGUUCAAAGGCUGUUCACACCAACAACGCUAACAAUAACAGCAAAAAAUAUCGCUCUAGCGAAUAUGAGUGACAACGUCCACACCUUAACUAUAAUGAUGAUGACAUGGAAAAACAUAUGUCGUUGGGGAUCACUUUCAGUGUGCUAACAAGCUAACAGCCCAUCAGAAUCCAUCAAAUUUUAGACAUCACAUCCAUCAACACGAGGAGAGACUUUCCUUAUCGUUGGUCAGUGUGAACGCUCAUGUCGUUAUACUGUAGUUACCGUUAUCUUCAUAGUUCCUGGUGUGAACAACCCUUUUCUUUACAUUUUCUUUAAUUUCUUUAAAGUGCUCGAAGACCACAGAUUGUUGGAUUGUCGCUCAUUGCGAAGACAUAUAUCAACAUAUAUGAGCGUGGGGUUAUAAGCCAUAGAUGAUGUAAGGCUUGAACUCAUUGCAAUGCCGUGACUCCCGACGCCAGUUGUCCUUCACUCAACUGGUUUUUGUAUUUUCAGGCAGUUUGAAAUCUCUGUAACCUGGAGACGCGGCUGCCUUGAAAAACGAUAAUAUUAUGAGUAUGUCCACGUCCACUUGCGGGCCAGUUAUUCUGGGCAGCAUGACGCCAGCUGAGCGGAAGGCCUUACUGCGUUCUUUCCCACUCAUUAGAGUCAGUGGCACUUUGCUCUCCUCACCUCUUGCCCUUUCACCCGCUCUGCCCUUACCGCUCCCCCUUUUGUCCUCCUCUCCUCUCCUCUCCUCUCUUUUUUUCUCUCCCUCUC